AUGUUUUCGAGAGAAUUUUACAACUCACCAGGGGACUCGCACUCUCAUCACAGGCCGCUGAGCAAAUCUCACUCCCCCCCCAGCUGGAGUUUGCCGUCGCCAUCGUCAGCACCUUUCAUCGUUGACCUGGCCCACUCGGCUCCGCUGAAAUCGACCACGCCGCCAGUGACAGGCUGGGCUUCGAGUGCCCCGAGUCCCGGAUCUCUCUACAGCACGCCUCGCAGCCAGCGGUCCAGCAUCAGCUCGGGAGACGGACAGAACAACCUGGCCCCGUCACAGCCGCAUCUGCCCUUUGGAAGGACGCCUUUCCCCUCGGAACUUGUUUCCCGGGAGUGCGAGCCAGUGAGCAGAAGUCUGCCGCAGACCACCGUUGACGCCAGUUCGCGACCGUCGGACUACAGAUCACUACCCCAGUCGAUGCAUCCCGGAUCCGUAGCGUUUCUGACAAACACCAUGGCACACAACUCGCAAAACUACGGCUGGCAAAACCGGCCGCCGCAGCCCCUGCAUCCGACUUCGAUGGCCAUGGACCAUCACUCAUACCCUCACGCCCAAUCCCUCCCCCCACAGCCAGGAUAUCCCGCCCCGUAUCAACCGCAGCACAACAGUUCCCAGAGCUUCUACCAACCGGGACUGCCCUCCACACAUUACCUAGGCCCCCAGCCCGGGGUGCCCCAGGCACGACCCCAACCUCGCAGUUCGUCGAUACCAUACCCAUACCCCAGCACAUCCGUGUCGGGGAGCCCUCCCACCAUCCCAGACCCAGCCUUCCCUUCCACAUCCUCCUCCUACCUCGUCAACCAGCCCGACUACUACCUCAGCCCAAACUCCUCACUCUCACAAACCCCCAACUCGAUACCACAGCCCCACACGCUCAUGUCCGCCGGGACGGUGUACUCGUCGCCCGACUCGGCCCCCAGCCCGUCCGACCCGGAGCAGCAGGUGCGCGUCAUCAGCUUCCGACCCAAGCCGCAGUGCUGGGACCACGGAUGCAACGGGCGCGAGUUUUCGACCUUCAGCAAUCUGCUCCGCCACCAGCGCGAAAAGUCAGGGGUUGUCGCGAAGGCCGAGUGCCCCAGCUGCGGCGCGGUGUUUACCCGCACCACCGCCCGAAAUAUUCACGUCGCUCAGGGGAAGUGCAAAGGUGUGGCUAGGGAGCCGUCGGCUGAAUAG